UCUUCGUUUUUUUUAACUCCGAUUUACCUCAUUUUCAUACUUAAUUCAGCUCACAGACUCCCUGGGAAACUGGUAAUUGCGAUCGCGUGCCAUUUCCGAGCCGUGACGUUUAUUUCAGAAAACGUCCAUAAUCAGCAUUGUUUUUUCGUAAAAACAAGGCUCGCGUUACACCAAAGCAAAAUCUGUUGAUAUUCAUAACAAACGCCUGCUUUCCGUCUAUUUUCGUGAACGUGCACCGAUCUAGUCAUGCUAUCUCCACUGUGGAAGAAAGCCAAAGAUCAAUUUCAGGUAAACAAGAUGAAAUUUGAACCCUCGCGUGGCUGAAAUUUUUUUGCUCCAUCUAUUGUGCUGAUUUGCAGAAGAUUCUUUUUUUAACUGUCAAUGGCGAAGAAGAAACUUUAUGGACUUAAUUUGAUACUGGUUGUUUCUGUUAGUUUUUUCGUGGAAAUUUCUUGCUCGAAAUGUUCAAAACGCGCCGACUGUACGGAAGGGAAGAUUUGCUGUGUGACAGACUGCCGUGCGGAAAGUAAUUGUUGGUGUUUGACAGACAAAAUGUGUCAUAAAGGAGAAAGUUGCCAACAUUCUCAUUGUGUGCCGACUCAGAACUCUAGCGCAACUGUCAAACGUUGUUUUGUCGACGGCGAUUGCCAUGAUAGACGCCAGAACUAUUCUCUGUGUUGCCGAGACAUGAGAUGUUCCACAGCAUGCUUUACAUCAACCUCAACCUUAACUUCACCUUCGGGACCAAAUCGCCGUUUACCUUGCAGAAAUUCAAGGGAAUGCUUGGACGGAGAACACUGCAGUAACGGAAACUGCGAAAGCACCUCAAACGUCCUGUUAACAAAGGCGGGAUUCCUUUCCGCUGCUAUAUUGACCGGAUCAAUUUUCCUUUUAAUACUGUGUUGUUGUUUUGUUCGAGAAAGCAGGUACGCUAGACAAAGAGCCGAUCGACAACGUCGGCGGUCGAGAAGGCGAAGUAAUCGCGGGAGGCGACGGUCCUCUCAUCAUCCGCGCUCUAGAUCUGGAACUACAGAGUUACGUUCCACAGCUAUAGAAAAUAGCGCGUUUAGUUUAGAAGACUGUCACUCUUGCGAAGCAGGGCUGGCUAUACCACCCCCUGAAUAUUCUAGUGAGCGAACUGAGAGCACGGCGAUUCAUGACUUGGUUGAAGAAUUACCACCGUCACCACCUCCCUACAGCACCCUUUCGUUUGAUCUCCCUCCAACGUACGAAGAGGCACUUCAAACCGACGAGCCAAGAGGCUCCUUGACUGAAGUUGCAUAGGAAGCUUUACAUUGAGGUGACACUCGUGAACAGUUUGUUUGUAGGACAGAUGCAGUCACAUGAAAAGGGGUUUGUGUACAGCCAAGCACAUGAUAGAAAAAUGUGAAUGAGGCAAAACUCACUGCGUUAAUGGGCUACUGAGUUAGGAUUAGCAAUAUAGUAAUCAAGUAUGCCUAGUAACCCAUUUGCGGUCCUUCUCUGAAUGAUGUUUUGUUAAAGAUAAAUCACAAAUUCCGACCAGACUUGGCAAAAUUGUGGACAGAUUUAAAGGUUUAAAGAGGCCACUCAGCAGGCUGUGCACCCCAUUUAAUUUCCAGGGGUCUUCAUUUUUUCUCUUCUGUAACCAACGCUUGAGUCAUUUAAGCAAAUAUUUAGGUGUUUUUUCAGUAUGAAAAAAGGCUGAGCUGAGACAUCACUGAUUGGACCCUUCCUUUGUAAAUUUUCUAGAUCCACUCUUUAAAUGAAGGUUAAUCAGCCCAACAAUUACAGGGUAGAGUGUAGCACCUUAUUUUUCUACAGUUAUUUGGAACAGGAUCACCUGAUAAGUUACUUUUUACUAAAAUAGCAAUUAUCUGCAUUAGGAGGCAGACCCAUGCCCUCUUUGCUAACCACUGGGGUGGAAGACACUUAAUCAGCAACUCAUUGGAAAUAUUAUCCAAAUCUGACUAUUCAUUAGAGUACAUAAGUGCACUGCACCCUCCCCCUUUUCAAAAGAAGGUUAUAUUCCAACAGUCUCCUUGAUACUCUACCACUUCUUUUUGUGGUGUUAAAGUUUCCAUCCUACACUCCAAAUUAUUUACAAAAAUGAUAGGGUGAUUCAGCAGCUCACAAAGUGUAUUCUUGAGUACUUCUGUUUGAAUAGUCAGACAGCAGUGUAUAAAAUGACACCAGAAAAUAAGUUCUAGCAAA